AAUAUUCUAGGAACUACGAAAACAACUUUGCAACUUGAAGGCUGAAAACAUUUUGAUAAUCCCAAAAGAAAAAAAAAACAAAAACAAAAAACACACAAAAAUAUAUAUGCAACAAGUGUAAAGAAGAAGAGACUGAUUUUUACAAGAAGAAGAAGAAGCAGAAGCCGAAGUUAAGGAAGCAGCUGAAGUGCAGCGAGUUAGCAACUAGAGGCAGAAUUAGAGGCAACAACGCAAAAGUGAUCCAGGAUCAAAUCCGACAAGCAGACAAUUCGAAAUUAGAUUUGCAAACAUGCUGAAGAAACUAAAGUGCAUGGAGGCAGCAGCAGCUGCUGCUGCCGCUGCCGCAGCUGCCAGCAAUGCCAAGCACAUCAAAACGGAGCCCAUCGACUUUGAGCUGCUGCAGCUGGAGGAGCAGGAGCGACGCCAGACGGAGCCUAGCAGCAGCAGCAGCAGCAGCAGCCACAGCAAUAGUAGUAUAGGUGGCAGCAACAAUGUUGCAAGUGGCAAUGCGCCGCAGCGCUACACGCAUGUGCAGGUGCAGACGGUGCCGCCGCGUCAGCCCACGGGUCUGACCACGCCCGGCGGCACACAGAAGGUGAUACUGACGCCGAGAGUGGAGUAUGUGCAACAGCAACGUGCCGCCAACAAGCACAUCUACGCAGAGGCAACAGCGGCGUCAGCAGCGGCUGCGCCACAGAUCAUAAUAACGCGCACGCUGCCUGCCACACAGUCGCACGGGCAUCUAUCGAGGCGCCACUCCGCCAGCCCCUCCGCCACGCACUAUCAGCAACCGCAGCAGCAGCUACAGCAGCAACGUUUGCCUGUCAGCCUUGCUGCCUCACCGCCGCCACUGCACCAUCAGCUAGAGGAGCAGCAGCAGCAGCAGCAGCAGUUGCAGUUGCAUCAACGCUCGUCUGCUGUGCGCGUCAUACGUGACGGUCGCUUGUAUGACGAAUCUUUGUCCGGCGGCGGCGGUUGCAACGUUGUUGCACGUCGCCAUUCCGUGUCGCCGCCGCCGUUGCAUCAUCAUUCGCGCUCCGCGCCCGUCUCGCCCGUCAUCAAUAGGCGCGCCUAUGCAGAGCAGCCGACGCAUGUGCAAUACCAACAGCAGCAACAGCAGCAACAACAGCAGCAGCCGCAGCAGCAGAGACAGCAGACGCCACCAGCCACGCCUCCGCCACCGCCGCCGCUGCCACCUCCUGCGGCACAGCAGCACUUUGUAAGCGCUGCUCCGCCCACAGCAGCCGCUCGCAAAUUUGUGGUCAGCACUAGCACGCGGCAUGUCAAUGUUAUUGCUGCCAACCACUAUCAGCAGCAGCAACAGCAACAACAACAUCAGCAACAGCAACAGCAACAACAGCAACAUCAUGUCAUUGCCAAUGUCAGCUCCAGCAGCGCCUCGCCCGCCUCCUCCUCCUCCACCUGCCCAGCAACGUCCUCGUCCGCGCACAUAUUUCGCACGCCCAUCGUCUCCAGCAGCAGCAGCAGCAGCAGCGGCAACAAUGGCAACAAUCUCUGUCAGCAACAGUUGCCAACUCACCAUCUUCACAGCAACAGCAACAGCAGCAACAGCAACAACAACAACAGCUCGGCUAUGCGGCCACCUCCGCCGCCGCCGCCGCCCAAGCUGAAGCAUGCCUCUAGCCUGGGCAGCAGCAACAACAGUCACAGCAACAGCAAUAACAAUAACAACAGCAGCAGCAACAACAACAACAACAACAGCAGCAGCAAUGGCGAAGAGCCGUCCAGCUCAAUUCCUGAUCUAGAAUUCGAUGGCACCACUGUGCUCUGUCGCGUAUGCGGUGAUAAGGCCUCCGGGUUCCAUUAUGGCGUGCAUUCCUGCGAGGGCUGCAAGGGCUUCUUCCGUCGCUCCAUUCAGCAAAAGAUCCAAUAUCGCCCAUGCACCAAGAAUCAGCAGUGCAGCAUUUUGCGUAUCAAUCGCAAUCGUUGUCAAUAUUGUCGCCUGAAAAAAUGCAUUGCCGUUGGCAUGAGUCGUGAUGCUGUUCGCUUUGGUCGCGUGCCCAAGCGCGAGAAGGCGCGCAUUUUGGCCGCCAUGCAGCAGAGCACACAGAAUCGCGGCCAACAGCGAGCGCUGGCAACCGAAUUGGAUGAUCAGCCACGCCUACUCGCCGCCGUGCUGCGCGCCCAUCUGGAGACAUGCGAAUUCACCAAGGAGAAGGUCUCGGCGAUGCGACAGCGCGCCAGAGACUGCCCCUCCUACUCAAUGCCCACCCUGCUGGCUUGUCCGCUAAAUCCCGCGCCUGAACUGCAAUCCGAGCAGGAGUUCUCACAGCGCUUCGCGCACGUCAUACGAGGCGUGAUCGACUUUGCGGGCAUGAUACCCGGCUUCCAGCUGCUCACACAGGACGACAAAUUCACGCUGCUGAAGGCGGGUCUGUUCGAUGCGCUGUUCGUGCGUCUCAUUUGCAUGUUCGACUCGUCGAUCAACUCGAUCAUUUGCUUGAAUGGCCAGGUGAUGCGUCGCGAUGCCAUCCAGAAUGGAGCGAAUGCUCGCUUCCUGGUCGACUCCACGUUCAACUUUGCAGAGCGCAUGAACUCGAUGAAUCUAACGGACGCGGAGAUCGGACUCUUCUGCGCCAUCGUCUUAAUCACGCCGGACCGUCCGGGUCUGCGCAACCUCGAGCUCAUCGAGAAGAUGUACAGCCGCCUGAAGGGCUGUCUGCAGUGCAUUGUCUCACAGAAUCGCCCCGACCAGCCCGACUUCCUGGCCAAGCUGCUCGACACCAUGCCCGAUCUGCGCACCCUCAGCACCCUGCACACCGAGAAGCUGGUCGUCUUUCGCACCGAGCACAAGGAGCUGCUGCGCCAGCAGAUGUGGAGCAUGGAGGAGGGCGACGCUGCCAGCAAGAGUCCCGCCGGCAGCUGGGAUGCCAUGGACGUGGAGGCGGCCAAGAGCCCAUUGGGCUCUGUGUCCAGCACCGAGUCAGCGGACCUGGACUACGGCACGCCCAGCAGCACGCAGCUGCAGCAGCAGCAGGCGAGCACACCAACCCAAUCCUCCUCCUCCUCCUCCUCCUCCACCUCCAGCUCCUCCUCGUUGGCCAGCUCUGCCCCCUUGCUGGCUGCCACACUCUCCGGCGGCUGUCCGUUGCGCAAUCGCGCCAACUCGGGCUCCAGCGGCGACUCGGGUGCUGCGGACAUGGACAUCGUUGGCUCCCAUGCACAUCUCACACAGAACGGUCUGACAAUCACGCCCAUUGUGCGCCACCAGCAGCAGCCGCAACAGCAGCAGCAGCAACAACAGCAGCAGCAGCAACAGCAGCAGCAGCAGCAGCAGGUGAACCAUCAUCAGCAGCAGCAUCCGCAGCUGCAUCAUCAUCUGACCUCGGGCGCCACGCGCUAUCGCAAGCUGGACUCACCCACCGAUUCGGGCAUCGAGUCGGGCAACGAGAAGAACGAGUGCAAGGCCGUCAGCUCCGGGGGCAGCAGCUCCUGUUCGAGUCCGCGCUCCAGCGUCGACGAUGCGCUCGACUGCAGCGAUGCAGCUCAGGCAGUCGCCGCUGCCGGCGUUGUCUCCGUCUCGCCAGUGCGCUCGCCGCAGCCGUCGAGCAGCGCGAAUCUGAAGCGCCAGAUUGUCGAGGACAUGCCCGUGCUGAAGCGCGUGCUGCAGGCGCCGCCGCUCUACGACACCAACUCGCUGAUGGACGAGGCCUACAAGCCGCACAAAAAGUUCCGGGCUCUGCGGCAUCGCGAAUUCGAGUCCGCCGAGGCCGAUGCCAGCAGCUCCACCAGCAUGCCAGCGCACAGUCCGCGCCAGAGUCCCACGCCCACGCCCACGCCCACGCCCCACAACAGCGCACACAUCAGUGUGGUGCAGACGCCGCCGCCAUCGGCCGCCGUCGGCGCAGCCAGCAGUCAGCUGCACAUGCACCUGACGCGCAACACUCCCAGCCAGCAGCAGCAGCAGCAGCAGCAGCACCAACAGCAGCAGCAGCAGCAGCAGUUGGGCUCGAUGGCCAGCACGCAUUCGGUCCUGGCCAAGUCCCUGAUGGCCGAGCCGCGCAUGACGCCGGAGCAGAUGAAGCGCUCGGACAUCAUCCAGAACUAUUUGAUGCGCGAGCCGGCGACAGCGGCCAGCAGCACGACGGGCGGCCGCAGUCCAAGCAGCCACUGCCCCUCGCCCUCGACCAGCUCCCCGCCCCCAGCUGCACAGCAGCAACAGUUGCAGCAGCAGCAGCAGCAGCAACAGCAGCAGCAGCAGGUGCGCUGGUCCACCACCAGCUGCCAGCAGCGUCAGCAGUCCGUGUCGCCGCACAGCAAUGGCAGCAGCAGCAGCUCCUCGUCUAGCUCCUCAUCCAGCUCCUCCUCCAGCAGCAGCAGCAGCAGCAGUUGUCAGUAUUUCCAGUCGCCGCACUCCACCAGCAGCAGCGGCAGCGGCAACGCCACCUCUGCAGCGGCCACCUCCACCUGCAUAGUGAGUGCGCCGCCGCGUGCCUCGCCCUUGAUUGAGCUGCAGGUGGACAUAGCUGAUCCGGCCCAGCCGUUGAAUCUGUCCAAGAAGUCGCCGACGCCGCCGCCCAGCAAGCUGCAUGCGCUGGUCGCUGCCGCCAAUGCUGUGCAGCGUUAUCCAACACUGUCCGCAGAUGUGACUGUGACAGCGGCCAGCAGUGCGGCGGUGGCUGUGGCCACGCCCAGCAGCACGCCGCCCACCAGCAGCAGCAGCAGCAACGGCAGCAGCAGCAGCGGCGGCGGUGGCUUGGCAACUGUGCACAAAGUCAUGUUGGAGGCGUAAGCAGAGAGACUGAAGCGCGGGGCGUGGUCGACAUUUCCUUAAAGCAGCAGCAGCAGCCACGCCUCCUCACCAAAAAGAAAGGGGCGCCAGAGUAAGAAGCCCAA